AUGACCUGGGGAACCUCCCGAGGGUUCGGUUUUGUUGAGUUCCACUCUGUGUCGGCCUCGACUCUGGUCCUGGACUGCCUCCUUCGGCUGAACCCGCCCCUGGAGGUUGACGGGAAGCAGCUGCUGAUGGAUUACGCCAAAAACACAUUCAACACCACGAUGGCUUACAUACAGCAGAAGGCUCAGGCACAG